CAUCGCAGGGAGAGGAAAUGGGAGGGGGAAGACAGGAGGUUGUUGACCCUAUUCAAGGAACGGCCAGGAGCCCUGUGGGGCUGGAGUGGAGGAGUGAAGGGGAGGCUGGUGCAGUCCGGAUGGAGUGGGGGCCAGGUCAUUCCCUUGGGGCCUUGUAGCCCAGACGUGGGAAGAGAAGUUGUUGGGAAUGACUGGAUUCUCUGCGUCUUCUAAAACGAUCCCUGGCGCUGUCUUGAGGUGAAUGGACUGAAGCAGGGAGCCCUGUUAGGCGCCCAGACUCAGCUGUCCCCCGCCUACCUGUGUUGCUCACCAUGGAAGAGAUGGAGAAGACUGGUAUCCAGCUGCAGAGACCUAUAAAGACAGAGUGGAAUCCCCGGUGUGUCCUCUUCACCUAUUUCCAAGGGGACAUCAGCAGUGUGGUGGAUGAGCACUUCUCCAGAGCUCUGCGCAAUGUCAGGAGCCCCGAGGGCUUGAGCCCCUCAACCCAGAGCCCAGACGUGAUGCUGAGGAAUGAUAGUGACAUGCCUCCAAAUCAGUGGCGUUUCUCUUCCCAGUGGACAAAGCCAGAGUCAGAAGCAUCUUUUGCUUAUGGUGCCACCAACUGCAGCUUGAAUGGGCCCAGUGUCCCGAUGCCGGAUCAGUACCCAGUGCCCCUGGCGGGGAGCCCCUCUGAUCCGUCUGACGAGCCGUGGCAGUACCCCUUCCUGGGCAGCCCCAGCUGCUCAGAGCCUGGCUACUCUCACGCCUACUCCAGUGAGCACAUGGUUCUAGAACCCCAGCCCGAUGGGAAAUAUGAGCCCUUUCUAAGUCUCCUCCAGCAAGACCAACACCUCGCCCAUCCUCAGGAAUCCGCCGUGUGGGAGGACUACAGCUCUGCCCAGGUAGCCGGAGGCCUCGGAUCGCUCUGCGACUUGCCUCCCAGCUCAGCCCACGAAAGCCAGUCGCCAGAGCGAAGAAAUGUGUUCUUCUAUUGAACCUCAGUCCGGAGAAGAGAACUCCUUUUCCCAAACCUGCUCAUGAUUUUCUACUGUGAAUCCAGAGUCUAGAGAUGGCAGCGUCCUUUUUUCUUUCCAUCACUAAAGAGCAUCGAGCCAAGAACGUUGCUGUUCCCCUUAAAAUCCGAUCUUCUCUUCUUUGGCACCUACGUCCUGUGGUGGGAGUUUUCACACCUAGUGACUCACCAACACAGGGAACCGUGAAAAGAGCGGUUCAGGGAUGAGAACCGUAGCGGUCCCCCUGCCUGCCUCUCCCACUUUCCCUGUACCUGCUCCCCUCCUACUUAGAAAUCAGUCCCCUUACCCUCUACCAGCAGGGUUUUUCAAACCAAGGCUGACCCUGGGGUGUCCUGUGGGGUGUGGUCCCAAUUUGCCCAGUGAACAGAGGAGAUACCAGGAGCAGGCAGCUUUCUAGCCUUAAUCCAGACGCUGGCCAGCCGCACUCCUGCCUCUGCCAAAGGCAGAAUGAAAACGGGGUGGGCAAGACCCAUUGAGGAAGUUGAGGCUGGGCAUUGCCUACAUCCUCAGAGAGUCUAGAAGGAAGCUGAGAAGGUUCGGGAAGGCUCUGGUGAAUGAAGUUCUUUUGCUUGGAAUUUUUGAUACCUCCGUUCUAAAAAAAAAAAAAAAAGUAAUUCCAAAUGAAGUUGUUGAGAAACCUGAGAAUGAAUGUAUUGGAAAUUAGUUAGCAGACUGUCCCGUUCCAGACUGGGCCUAGACUAAGUUCCGUGCCAAGAGCAUUUCUUAGUUGCGGUUCCCUGAGUUUCUUUCUGCCCUCACUUUGAGGCUGGGGACUCUGGCAUCGCCCCCCCCCCACCGCAGGUGUUAAGUUGGACCCUGGUGACCUCUUCCAGCCAGCCCCAGCAGCCCACCUGACUUGCACAAACAAUGAAACCUUCCCCUUAGCUCUUUCAGUGUCAGUGACAAGGUCUCCCUAUCAUACUACUUAUUGAGGGUUAACGCCAAUGUGACUCUUGGAUCUUUUUCCUCCCAUCUGCUGUGUAAAUAAAGACCACAGAUCUUGCAUGA